AUGGCAUCCCCCACGGUUGAAGAAUUACAGCAACAGUUACAACUAAUGCAGGCCGCACUGCAAGAGGCUCAGGGUCAACCUAACCUUGCUCGGAUUGACUCGUAUAGAAUUCCGAAAAUUCCGCCAUUCUUGAUUAAAGACCCUGUAAUUUGGUUCAUUCAAGUAGAGGCGACGUUUGGAACGGCGCGUAUAGUAGAUCAAAAAACUAUGGCCCAUCACGUGAUUGCUUCACUGGAUACCGAGGCCAUUGCUUGUUGUAGAGAUCUUAUCAUGGCACCGGACGCUAACGAACCAUAUAAUAAAUUAAAGGAGCGUAUAAUCGAGACCUUUGCCAUAUCGGCGGAAAGCCAAUUGCGCCAACUGCUUAAAGGGCAGGUUUUGACAUCCGGAAAGCCGUCGCAGAUUCUCGCCAGGUUACGUAAUUUAAACCCGGACAAAAAAUGUGACGAUGCGGUUCUUAAGGCUAUUUUCUUCGAAUAUCUUUCACCGUAUAUUAGAGGCAUCCUAGCGACUUCCGAGUUCGCGGAUCUGGACAAACUGGCCAAAAUGGCCGACAAGAUAUCCGAAACCGCUAACGAUUCUGCGCAGUGCGCCGCUGCAUCGCUGACGGAAUCGAAGCCGUCAGAUAUGGAGGCCAAGGUAGAUCGAUUAACCGCGGACGUAGCUGCUCUCGCGGCUCAAUUGAAACGUCUAGGCAGGCCGCAGACCAAAGACGGAAAUGCUAAAAAUCGCAAACGCUCAAAAAGUAGGGGUUCUAAGGUUUGCUGGGCUCACAGGAAUUUCGGUGAGAAAGCUCGCGCGUGCAAAGGAACGGAGGAAUCCCCAUGUUCCUGGCCUAAGCCAAAGGCUCUUGCUAUUACUGAUGGGAGCACGGGGGAAUAG